AUGAGGAACAGUGGAAGAGAUCACAUAAAAUUGGUGGCGUUGAUAACGAUAACAAUCGUUGUCUUCGUUGAUGCUACCGUAAAUCUUAAAACAGACGAAUCUAUAGCUUAUGAGAGAACGGCUAAAGAAGAUUUCAAAGAAGUUUUCAGUAAAAAAGUUUAUUACGUUGGCGACCAAGUGUGGAGAAUCUACAAGCAUAACGAUUCAGUAAAUGAUUUGGUGGAGCAACACGAUCAACACGCAUACUUAAUAUGGUCGAACCAACCAAUGGCUAUCGAUAUUUUCGUUCGAAGCCAGAUGCUUUAUGACGUCGAUUCGUUAUUAAACAAUUGCAGAAUAAAAUAUGAUGUUCUGAUCAAAGAUGUGCAAAAAGCGAUUGAUGACGGGAAUGUUCGACUUACAACCACAAUGCAAGCAGAACUUGAAGGACGCAAAGGUCAUCGAAUGGAAUGGACCAGCUACCAUGAAAUAAAUGACAUAUAUAACUACUUGGAUUAUCUCGCGAACACGUAUCCCGAUGUUUGCUCCGUUCAGCACAUCGGUAAUUCCAUCGAAGGACAGCCCCUUGUGGUUCUAAGAAUUAGUAACGGUAAGAACAAGAAUGCACCUGCGAUAUGGAUCGAUGGUGGUAUACAUGCCAGAGAAUGGAUCUCACCUGCAGCUGUGACUUAUAUCAUCGAUUAUCUGGUAGAAAAUAGCGACGUUUCAGGAACAGACUAUUACAUUCUGCCAGUUAUCAAUCCAGAUGGCUACAGAUAUACUUUUAAAUACGAUCGUUUAUGGAGAAAAAAUAGAAGGAAAGGCGUUGUAUGCUCAGGUGUAGACUUAAAUAGGAACUUUGGUUAUCGCUGGGGUGGAAAAGGAACUAGCAAAGAUAUGUGUCAUGAAACGUACCCAGGAUCUAAACCAUUUUCAGAGCCAGAAACUAAAGCAAUUCAAAAUUUCUUCGAAAACAGUUUAGCAAAUUUCAAGGCAUAUGUAUCAUUUCAUUCAUAUGGUCAAUAUAUUCUCUAUCCAUGGGGAUAUGAUCAAUGUUUGCCGCCUGAUUAUCGAGAUCUUAACGCGGUAGGGCUUGAAGCAGCUAGAUAUAUGAAGUAUGAAGGAGGCAAUAAUACCGUGUACACCGUCGGCAAUAGCGCGAUAUUGUUGUACCCUGCUGCUGGUGGCUCUGAUGACUGGGCUAAGGCUUUAGCCAAGAUCAAAUAUACAUACACGAUUGAACUGCGAGACACUGGCAGACACGGCUUUCUACUUCCACCGCAAUAUAUCAUUCCAACAGCCAAGGAAGCACUGGCCGCAAUAAAAGUAAUCACGAGUGCUAUCAGUCGUAAAUGAAUUGUUAAAUAUACAUUUGUAAAAUAUAUUUGAUUGGAGCAUUUGAC